UCAAGUGAGAAAUGAAUGUCAAUGUCAAAAUUCAGAAUCGCGGAUUUUCCGGAUUUUUGGUUUUUGGUGAUUUUGUAAUUUCAUCCCAUAGUGCUAGUGUUUUCCUUUAUUUUAAAUGAUUUUAGUUUUAAAAAUAGAUCACUUCAUACUGUCAACGAUUUUUUGUUAAGUUAAGAUCAAAUUUUAAACAAUAUUUCAGUAAUAAAGGGUACAAUGUGCUAGUGGUUAGAUAAUUGCGAAUUAUGGCUGGUUUUGGUGAUUAUACUGGUUAUAAUCGUCCAUAUGGAUUGGAUCCUAACAGGGAAACAAACGAUCUGUAUGAUACUCGCUAUCAGCAAAUAUAUGGUUAUCACACCCCUUUAACCGAGGAAUAUCAAGGCCCACCCUUGGUUAUGGACGACGUUCCCGAAGAAGAAAGCAAUACCUAUGUCACAACAGCAAUAAGUGUUGCGAGUCUUAUUACAGAAAAUCUAUUGAGCCAUCCAUUUAUUGUGUUAAGACGCCAAUGCCAGGUUCAUAACAGUUUAAAAAACUACCAUAUAGUGCCAUACACAUUGUUGCCUGUGGUAGUAAGGUUACACAGAAGACAGGACUUUACCACACUGUGGAAGGGGAUUGGAUCAACUUGUAUUGUGAAGGGACUUAACUUGGCAGUAGAGGAUGUUAUAUCAAAAGGCACUGGAUGGCCAAAAGAAAUUGGAAGGUGUGGCUCAGUUCUACAAUUUCUUCAACAUUUAACAUUAAAAUGCAUCAGCAUAGCUAUCGUCACUCCAUUCUAUUCAGCAAGUCUUGUGGAAACAGUACAAAGUGACAUAGCUAGCGACAAGCCAGCUAUACUAGAUGUGUUCCGAGAAGGGUUUGUACGUAUCUUGGAAUGGGGAACGCCCAGCAAAGGCAGAAUGCUGCCUAUAUGGGCCAUUGUGCUGCCUACUGCUGCACUUGGAAUCACAAAGUAUUUUGCUCACAUGUUAUUGAGAAAAAUAACAGUAAAGGUUCUCAGAUUCCAGCAGAGGCAUAGACAUGAGUUGAGCGAUUCCUAUAACAUAAGCCACACAAAAAAUGGCCAAAAUCCUCUCAUUGAAGAUAUGAAUUUAAAGGCAAAUAUAUUUGCAUUCAUAACUAUGGAAAUUAUCUUUUAUCCUGUUGAGACUAUCAUCCAUAGACUGCAUAUACAGGGAACAAGAACAAUCAUAGACAACUUGGACACGGGAACUUCAGUGACUCCAAUACUAACAGGAUACGAGGGAUUUAUGGAUUGCUACACCACAACCAUAGCUAAAGAGGGUAUAGGUGGUCUUUACAAAGGCUUUGGUGCGCUGGUAUUGCAGCUUGCGGCUCAUUUGGCAAUUAUAAAACUAACAACACUAGUUGUAUCAGAGAUGUCUAACCUUUUGAAGCCGGCCAGUACUCCUAACUCUGAGGAUUCAGCGCACACACAACAAAAAUAUUUAUUUAAUUGAAUUUUGUUGAAAUUAGAAUGUUGAUUAUUUAUAUGAUAAAUCUAACUAUUUAUUUGUACAUGCAAUCUGCAUUCGAGAACUUAUGAAUAAGCUUCCUUGACAUUCAUAAUUUAUGUUGGCUUUAUCUACCAUUGCACACUUAAUUAGUGAAACUAUCUCAAUAAUAUGAUUGAUUUUUUUCAAGUAUAAUAUAAUUUUGACCAAACACUUCAGUCCAGAUAGUUAAAUCUGUGGCAAAAUUAUCAAGUUAUCCAAUGUUGCUUAGUUAUUUUAUCCAAAUUGAAAGUUGAAGUAGUAAAACUAUAUUUUUUUGUAAUUUUUACUUAGUUUUAAGAAAACCGAAUCAGUUGUAAUAAGUUGAAAUAAAAGUCUAACAUCUUUAUUUUAAA